UUAUCCGCAACGGGACCUGCGUACGCGCAGUGUACCCGACACCGCCGUGAAUGCCGGUCGCGCAUCGUUCACAUCCCGAAUAAUCGAAUAUAAUCGAUAUAUUUUGAAUCGGUAAUCGGUUGGAGAUGGCCAGCAAGGCGAAUGGUGUCGAGUGGGUCAGGGCCCCUCCGCCAGGAACAUGCUUCUCCAGAAUGAUGAACGCCAUUUAUAACCCUGAGGAGCAUAGCUUCUUGGGGAGGACACCAAAGAGAUGGGGCAUAGUGCUGACCUUCUACCUGGUGUUCUACGCAGUCCUGGCGCUGAUGUUCGCUCUCUGCAUGGGUGGUUUGUACCUCACGCUGGAACCCAAACGCCCUACGUACUUGCUGCACGAGUCUCUUAUAGGAGCGAACCCUGGCGUGGCUUCCCGUCCUCUCUAUGAGACACCAGUCCUAAGGUACAGCGUGGACAACAGUUCUGCUUACCAGCCUUAUGUACAGCAGCUUGAAGAGUUCUUCCAACCUUACAUGGCUGAUCGCUGGUACACAUCCAAGAAAGGUUGCACGGCAGAAGACCACUACGGUUUCCCUGAGAACCCUUGCAUCUUCAUCAAGGUUAACAAAAUAAUAGGAUGGAAGCCAGAGUACUACGAUGUCAAUGAGUUGCCAGCUGACAUGCCUGAGGAUCUCGUAGAGUACAUACAGAAACUGGACGCAACCCAGCAACAACAAGUUUGGGUGUCCUGCCUAGAAGAGAAGGCGAAUGACACCAAGCUGGAGUACCCCUGGGGCCAAGGCUUGCCAGGGUCCUUCUACCCGUUCACCAACGACCAGGGGUACAGGAGCCCGCUCGUUGCUGUGCGGUUAUCUUCACCAGCACACAACUUAAACAUCGUGAUUCGAUGCCGAGCGUGGGCCAAGAAUAUUAUACAGAACAAGAGUUUGAAAGAACCAUCGGGUUACACUCGUUUCCAGCUAUACGUUGAAGCCAAUGACAGUGCGAAUGACACCGAGGUGCUAACAUAAGCAGCAAUGUAUGUUAAUCGUAGCGAUAGUGUGGUUGCUAAUGAAACUUAGAACUGCCAGGCUUAGUACGCAUUGUGAUUUUGGAAUUCUUUUUUCUAUGUUUUCUUUUUUUUU